CUGGCCAAACCCCUCCAUCUAGGUUUGUGCACACAGCUGUCCAGUCCUGUGCCUAAACAGAAAGCCCAGAGUGUAGCGCUGACCCUCGAUCUGCCUGAUCUCAGCAGUUCAGAGGUUGCAUCUCAGGCCACCCUGGAGUCCAGCGACGACUCGGACACCCUGGGACGCUCCCUGUCAGACCCGCUGAGCGAGAGGGAGGAAAGUGUCAUUACGGCUUCCCCAGGGAUCACCAUGGCCGUGAGCCCUCUCACCGCAACAACACCUCUGUCUUUAGGACCCUACGCCAAUGAUGACGACAACAACAACCCCAGCGGCGGUGACAAAGACACUGUCCUCGCUAACCCCGUUGACACCACAUGCGUUACCGCGUCCUCCAACCUCAGCACAGACAGCAUCGACUUCUUCAGCGCCCGGGAGAAAUUCCUGGGCCUGUCCCAAGACGGAAGGACUCGGAUUCUUUCAGAGCAGAUGGCUCAGCGGACGCCUCAGCCACGGUGCCCCAGCCAGGAGCUGCAGCCGCUGUCCCCCGAGAACCCUGCUGGAGCACUGCCAGUCACUGAGGAAGAGGAACAGGGAAAGAGUUCCCCCCAUACGGAGGACUGUAGUGACCGAUCCAGUCACGCCAAAGCCUCGCCGCCUCCCCAUCACGACAACGGCGUGUCAGUCCGCCAUAUCGUCACAGAGAUAGAGUCCAUAUCCCACCCCCCGGCAGCGACGCCCCUCUCCUCCGCUCAGCAUGCUCCCCGCAGCCCCCAGCAGCUGUGCCCAGACGACCAGGACGAGGAGACCCCACUGACCUCGCCCUCCUCCUACCCACAAUCCCCCUCCACGCCUCCCUCGGAUUGGCCGGCCGGCUCGGUGCGCAGGGCCACCAAACAGCUGGAGCAGCGGCUGAAGCAGGAGCUGGACUUACCUCUCAGCAACACGUCUACCCAACGCUCCCCUCUCCACUCCCCCAGUGCAGAGUUUCACCCCACACGAUCUCCUCUCCAAACGACAAGCACGGACUGCCCACCCCUCCUCGCUCCUACCACAGACUGCCCCCCUGCUCCUGAACAAGGAAGAAUACUGAACGAGGCUUUCAGUUUGUCUGCAGAGCCCAAAGGAGACACAGAGUUAACCAGAGCGACAGAGGAGAGAGGGUUUGUCGUCUUAGACAUGGACGUUGCCCCAGCCCCAGAGCCUGCCUUCUCUCACUACCCAGACACCCGCCACACCCCUGAGCCCAUCCCAAUCAUCGUGUGCCCGUCUCUGGAGCCAUCUAGGGCCCAGCUCCGGGCCUCCCCUGCACUGCUGUGGCUGGAGGGAGUGACGGCCCUGGACUCAGACACGGAUUGCCCCUCUCCUCCCCCGCCCCACCACGGAAGGCUGUCCCUGGCACGCAGCAGUGAGGAGCUGGAGAAGAUCCAGGAGACCCUGAGGGAGCUGCAGGCCUUCCUGUAUGAGGCGGGGGGGCUGGGACUGGGGGCUGGAGAGAGACCUGGUCAGGGGCAGCAUCAGCUCCAGGGCCUGCAUCACAGGGAGAUGCCCGUGUGGCAUAGGGCCAUGGAGAUCGAGGUGCGGAUCCGCCAGGCGGGCCUCACGCCCCCCUCCUUGAUGAAGCGCUCAGCCUCGCUGGCCAAGCUGGACUGCCUGGAGCUGUCAGCCAACGACCUGAGUGACUGGGACCUACGGCCCACCACUGCCAGCCCUCACGGACAUACAUUGCUGCCCACCCCCCGCUCCCACCAUCACCCCAGCUUAGAAGAUGUCUCCAAGAAGCAGCGGGUGUUGUCUCGGAGCCCCCCCACCACCCCCAGGGCCCCCCUAAAGGGAGUGUACCCACUGGACCCAGACAGGACUGAUAUGGGCUCCCAGAUUGCAGGGAGUGGUCCCCCAUCUCCCUCCUCACCUCCAUCUCUUGUUCUUCAAGGGGAGGAGGAGCUAGAGAGAGACCUCUCCCCCCAGCUCACCCGCACCCAGUCCCCGAAGAGCGGGAAGAGUCAACUACUGCGGCGGGUCCGCAAGGCUACCGACAAGAAACGGACUGCCACUGUGCUCUACAAUACCAUGUAACCUCACUACACUCGGCCCUAGGCCGGGUGUCUAUGAGAGAGAGAGUGUGUGUGUGUGUGUGUGUGUGUGUGUGUGUGUGUGUGUGUGUGUGUGUGUGUGGGGAGGUGGCCUAGGCCCUACAUGUGCACUAUGGUCCAGACUGUCCCCCUUGGGCCUUUGUCUGUCGUAUGUGUGCACUGACUAGCUGUGUUGGACCCUAUGUAAUCUGUUAGUGUAGACUUAAAAUUAGGGGGCUGUUUCUCAAAAAAACAUGCACUUUACUCUUGUUUUAAUCUUUUUUCUUUUUUAGUUUUUACCCGGGGAAUAUUUUUGCACUGAUUCUAUGGUAGCCUGUUUGUGUGUAUGUGAAGAGAAGUGUAAGUCACAUCCUUUAUUCUUAUUUUAAACGAGACAGUUGUUUUUUUUAUCUUGUUCGUCGCUGUUACCUAUUAAAUAAAACAAAUACAUACA